AAAAACAUAAAGUGUUUUACGAGGACAAGGAAUUUCCAUACACUGGAGUACCAUUUAUUGUAUCAGCUCUAACAAUACUUGACUGUCAACAUGGAAAAGACAGAAAUAUUAAAGCAAAAGCUCAAUACAGACAAAUGAGAAAUAAAAAAGCUAGUACCGAUCAUUACUGUCAAAAAAGUAGAGUUAUUCUUCAGGAUACUAAAAAGUUUGAUUGUCCUGCCAUUGUGUAUAUAAAAGAAAUUGUAGAGUUUCCAGAGUUUAAGCUUUUAAGAAAUUCUUUACGGUUAAGAAAUGAAACAUCUAAAAAACUCCGUGUAUCCUUAGCUAAGUCAGAAAAUGUACAUAAGUCCAGAAAGUAUAUUUUAUUAUUGCCUGAUAUUUCUGUUCAUAGGAACCAUCCAGUUGGUGAGACUGCAGGAAUCAAUCAAUCUAUUUCUGAUGAUCUCAUAGUAAAAAUUGGUGACCUGGUAAAAAAGGGUUUCAAUACUAUUUCUGAAAUGAGGCGACAUCUAGAGUUUUUUGUUCAUGGAGAAAUUACUUCUGACAAACCACAAAAGACAAACAAACGUUUCUUUCCAAUGGAUAAGACAUUUCGAAAUCAUAUGCUCAAUGCAAGAAGAAAACUUCGUAGAUCUAUGAUAGAUCAAGAAUGUUUGCUUGAAAAAAUUAGUGAAUGGAAAAUAGUCUUUCAUGAGGCAAUGAUAAAAGUUAGACCAAAAGGUGUCAACAUCAUUGAUAAUAUUGAUUCAAAGCUUAAGGAUUCAUUAUUGUUCGUAUAUCAAGACAUGUGGCAGAAAAGAUUACUCUUACGGUAUGGACCUGAACUAGUUUUUCUUGAUGCAACAUAUCGCACAACUAGAUACGCUCUUCCACUAUUCUUUCUGGUUGUUAAAACUAAUAUUGAUUACCAGGUUGUUGCCAUUUUUGUGUGUGAGAAUGAGACCACAGACGCCAUCACAGAAGCAUUAAUGUGCAUUAAGGAAUGGAACCCUAAAUUUCAACCAAAAUAUUUCUUAACUGAUUAUUCAAAUGAAGAAAUAAACUCAUUAGAAUCAGUGUUUCCAGGGUGUUCUGUUUUAAUUUGUGACUUUCAUCGAGAGCAAUCUUGGGAAAGAUGGCUUUCUAAAACUGCUAAUGGUUGUUAUAAGGUAAAAGAUGCAAUUAAGUUAAAACUACAUCAAAUUGCUCAUGCUAAAACAGAAGAAGUUUGCCAAAAUGCUGUUAAUUCAUUAAAAGAAUCAGAAGAGUGGAAAAAUAACCCAAAACUAGCUGAUUACUUAAAUAGCACUUGGUUAUGUAAUCAAAAGAGAUGGGUGUUUGCCUACAGGCGACAACGCUUAUUGCGGAGUAUCAAUACUAAUAAUGGCACUGAAAGACAAAACCAAUCUUUUAAAUAUAGUUUUUUGGAAAAACGGAAAACAUCAUCUCUCACAGCUAUGCUUUGUAUUUGUAUUGAGGAAUUCCUUCCUCACAAUUACGACAACUAUGCAGAUAAAAAUAGAAGAACCCAUUCAUCCUAUAGAAAAUAUAAAGAAAACAUUCCAACCUAUUUGACAAAUCGUCCAAAACCUUUAGUAAAACAUUGCAUGAAUAUGAUAGAUAAAGUAAAUGGUGUGGACUCAAUCAGAAUUAGUGCAGUAACAAACAGAUUGUACAAUGUAGCCUCAUUUCAGUCUAAUAGCAGAGAAACUUACCAAUGCUAUCUUGGUGAUGCUGAUCAUUUGCCAAGUUGUACUUGCUCUUCUUGGCUAUUUAGUGCUUAUCCAUGCAAACAUUUUUUUUCCAUUUUUCUCAAGUUCAAUCUUUCCUGGUCUGAUUUUGAUCCAACUUAUGGAAGUUCACCAUAUUUUAUCAUUGAUCCCUUAUCAGAUGAAAAUAAUCAUUCAACAACGUUUCAUUUUACACGUUUGCCUACUGAAGAUAUAUCUGAAAAUGUUAAUGAGAAGCCUCUUGAUGAUGCCAAACCUUGGGAAGUGUCUAAAUAUAAUCUUCAGGCAGUCAAAAGUGUUCAUUCCAUAAAUAGUAAAGUCUUGUACUUUGAUCAAAGUAAAGAACAUGGUCAAUCACAAGUAAGUCACACUCCUGCUGCAUGUCGCGAACUUUUAAAUGCAAUAAUAAACCAGCAAAAAACAAUUUGUUUCAAGAACUUCAUAAACUUAAAACAAGUUUUGGAGAAACUCUUAAAAGAGAGCAAGGUGUUAUUUUGUGUCCGGACCUAAAACCUGAAACUUGGAUUAAAUCUAAUUUACCAAGUCUUGUUAAUCUUCCCGUAAGACGCAAAAGGAAGUUGACCAAAAGAGUUGGUAUAAAACACGACAUCACUAAGGCAGCUUUAAAUAUCAAUGUGACACCAAAUGUAAAUAAUGAAUGUUGUAGUUCAGAAAUUUUUACUGAUGUUAUUGAU